CAGAGCGGAGCGGAGCUGUGAAGCGUCACCGCGGAGCGGGCCAGCGGGCGGGCAAGCGGGCGCGAGGCGGAGCGCGGGCGGCCGGGAAAGCUCGAGGGCGGACGGCGGCGCUCGGCCCGGGCCUGCGGGAGCCGGAGACCGCGGCGGCGGCGGCGGCGGCUACUGCCGGAGGAGCCGAGGGUACCCCGCCCUGCCCGCGCCCUGCCUCAGGCCAUCGCUGCUCCCCCGGGGCCUGGUGCGGACUCGCCUCCGUGAAGUGUCACGAUGUCUGACCGGAAGGCAGUGAUCAAGAACGCAGACAUGUCUGAGGACAUGCAACAAGAUGCCGUUGACUGUGCCACGCAGGCUAUGGAGAAGUACAACAUAGAGAAGGACAUUGCUGCCUAUAUCAAGAAGGAAUUUGACAAGAAAUAUAACCCUACCUGGCAUUGUAUCGUGGGCCGAAAUUUUGGCAGCUAUGUUACACACGAGACAAAGCACUUCAUCUAUUUUUACUUGGGUCAAGUUGCAAUCCUCCUCUUCAAGUCAGGCUAGGUAGCCGCAGUGAAGGUGUCUGUGGCGGCGGCAGCGAUGGCAAGCAGGCGGCGUUGCUGGGACUGUUUUGCACUGGGGCCAGCAUCAGGAUGUCCUCUCCAAUGGCUGUGCUACUGCAUGGACUGUAUACUCGAUUUCAUGUGUAUGUCGCAGUAAACAAAACCAAACUUCUUUCUGUUUAGUUGCCUGGGGAAGAAGGCUGCUUUAUGUUUAUUUUUCAAGACUUAAAAAAUUUUUUUGGUUUAUUGCACUAGGAAAUCUCUCCCACCCCUCCCCUUUCUCUUUCUCUCCCUAUACAUAAUAAAAAGCCCUCAACAAAGCCUAUAAGACUAGGAGGGCUGGGGAAAAGAAAUAGGUUUCUGGAGGUGGAACUAAAACCGUGCAGCUGCCUCUUCCCGGUGGUGGAUGCUGCUUUGGGAGGGCCAGGGAGGCUGCCGGGGGACAGUGUUAGGAUUGGCAAGGAGGGAGGGAGUGAAAGGAGGAUAGGGGGAUUGAUUUUAGUACCAGGGAGAAUAUUCCACUGAACUGUGAUUCCACGGCUUGGGGCAGAGGGUGGGGCGGGGGCUGGAUUCUUUAAGGGGCCCUGAGACGUGUUUGUCUGUGGUGUGUGGGAGUGGGGAGCAGACUUGUCUUGCUGUCUUUGUCAGGAGAGUUUCUAAGUAAGGGCUGUGUCUUUGUGGAUUACCUUCUUUUAUUCUUCCUGCCAGAGCUCAUGCUAGGAGGAUGUCGAGGGUAGGAUUAGCUUGAUUUUUUUUUUUUUUUCUUUUCAUUCUUCUCUCCUUCUGUCUGCUCCCUGCUUAGCCCUCGGUUUUCUCAUUCCUCUGAAGUUCUCUUAGAGCAGCCCCUGUUAGUAGGCUGGCAAGGGAAUUUCAGGUGACUAGUUCCUUAGUUAGGUCUUAGCAAUCAAACCAAAUCAAUGUCUCCCAUAAUUCUCCUCUGUGUACAUGUGUGUGAGAGUGUGUGUGUGUGUCUCUUGGUUUGGGGUAGAGGGGAGGGAGGGGUAGGACUGGAAUCUCUAGGGUGUAUGGGUAGAUAGGGUGCACAGUUCUGUGUGGGGGCCUUUAUGUAAAAACUCUGAGGGUGUCUGUUUUGGGGGUGAAGAUGAGUAUCACCACUUCCUCCCUAACCAUCUGGCCUAGACACCGUUUGCCUGGGGCUGUCUGCUCCCAGGGAGGCUUUAGGAGAAUAGUCUAGGAUGAGUGGCCGUGCUGCCAUCCACCCUGGAGCUGGGUCUCAGUGGAGAGGGAAAGUGACUUUGUGAGUGGUGGCAGCCUCUCUUGGGGGGCAGGGAUGGAAGUGAUAAAAGGCUGUUGAGGGGCUUUGGGGGAACUUUGGAGGAGGUCAGUCUUAGUGAUGAAGCCAGGAAUCAGGGGAUAGAGCAGGGCUGUUAGUGGGAGGAGAUUCCAGGAGGAGCGCUGGGAAAUCUUGUCUGUGCAUCAAACAGGGAUGGGGUGGUGGGGGCGUCAUUGCUGGUUGAGCUGUUGAUUCUUAGAAAUCUCAUUAAAAACUCUUCUGUGUAGGGUUGAUGCUGUGGGGGGGUGGGGGGUGGGAGGGGAUUAGGGAUCCAGCUCAUUUUUUUUUCCUCCAUCCUUGGGAUUGGUGGGGAGGCAGGAGAAUGCCCCCUCCCCAAGCCUUUAGUGUGUGCUGAGCUUUCUUUUUGAUGCUGACAGGGGAGGGUGGGGACUGGGAUGGUGAGUGAGUUCCCUAUAUCAGAUCUUUUUGGUGGGCACAAGACUGCUUGAUUUUUGGUUUUAUUUUUUUAAUGAAUGUCCAAAUCUAUGUUUCCCCCUGCCCUCCCAGACUUAUGUGGCCAGUUGGAAAUGUCUGGUUUGUGUUCAUCUCUCCCUCAUUUCUGGAGCAGGGGUUGAGACCCCACCACAUCUCCUAUGCUCUGCAUCCACGCCUCUUUUGGACAUUAAAGGUCGAUUGAUGCACUCCUGA